GCGCGGUCGCCUUUCCGUUUGCUCGCUCCUCGCCGACUGUGUGCGCAUGCGUAAAGAAAGAUAAUUCCAGGGGCACAAAAGUGAAGUGAAGAUUACGAUUUUCUUUUCGAGCGUCGAAACUGCGAAACUGCGCAUGCGUGAACAGCGCCAAAUGAUAAUAAAAGUGAAAUCCUUUGUGCAAUAGUGGCAGGACUGUAGCUGGUCGCAAGCCAGUGACGUCUAAAAAUCAAUCAUAAGCCAGAAAGCGAAAGUUCCACUACAUUGAACCACCCCGUUGAAAGUGAAAGUCCGCGUGGGACAACCCCUUUCGUUUCGCCCACUUGCCAUGCUGCCAUUGCCCAGGCACUCCAAGGACACCUGGCUGCGGCUAGUGGUCCUCUGUGCACUGAUAUCUCUGUCAGCUCCCAAAAGAGCAGAGGCUCUGGGCUAUCCCAGUGCCCAGCAGGAGCACGACAUGCUCAUCCUGGACGCCUUGUCGCGCCGCAGUGGAACCGGAUACUAUGGCGAGAACAGCGUGAUGGAAAUGCUUUCCCGAAUGAUACCGCAGUCGUGCCGCUUUCGUGGCCACAAGUUCGAGUGCGGCCUGUCCAUCUCCUGUGUCUUGGGCGGCGGCAAGCCGCUGGAUCUUUGCUCCGGCGGCAUGAUCUGGUCUUGUUGCGUGGACAAAGAUCUGGACGCCGAGGAGAGUCCGCACGCCGCCCCGGUGAACAACACGAGCGACAUAAUACACUUGCAUGACAUUUACCCCGACCUGUCGACGAAUGCCAACAAGCCGCAGCACCACCUGCACCACCACAGUGGCAACGGCCUGUCAGCGGCCCCAUCCACAUCGUCCACAGCGUCCUCCUCUGCACGACCGGCUUACCCGAGCAACUACUACGGCACCAAGCGACCACCCCUCUACAGCGGCUCCAAUUCCUACAAGCCAGGAUCCUCCGCUGGCGGAUCCAGCCGCCCAUCCUCCUCCUCCUCCUCCAGCCUAAACAGCUGGGAGCACGAGAGCGGCGGCCACCUGGGCUCCAUCAGCGGGAUCACAAACCACCUGGACAGCUUCUUUGACGCCGAGUCACAGGUGCCCUUGGACUCCGCCGGCGCUCCAGCACCACACGAACCGCUGCCCAACGCACAGGCCUUUGCGGUGGGCAAUGUCCUGGACCUCAAUGCUGGAGAGGCAGCGGACGAGUACCAAAGUGGAGGCAGUGGUGGCUACCACGACGCCAGCUAUCGACCAGUGCCGGGCUGCGGCGAGGUCUACACGCGAUCCAAUCGUAUUGUAGGAGGUCAUUCCACGGGCUUUGGCUCUCAUCCCUGGCAGGUGGCGCUGAUCAAGAGUGGGUUCCUCACCAGAAAACUAAGCUGCGGCGGCGCACUGAUCUCCAACCGAUGGGUGAUAACGGCUGCCCAUUGUGUGUCUUCCACCCCUAACUCCAAUAUGAAGAUCCGACUGGGCGAGUGGGAUGUUCGUGGUCAGGAGGAGCGGCUAAACCACGAAGAGUAUGGCAUCGAGCGUAAGGAAGUGCAUCCCCAUUACAACCCCGCAGACUUUGUAAAUGACGUGGCCCUGAUCCGUCUGGACAGGAAUGUGGUCUACAAGCAGCACAUCAUACCCGUCUGCCUGCCUCCUCCAUCCACCAAAUUGACCGGUAAAAUGGCCACUGUGGCUGGGUGGGGGCGAACUCGACACGGCCAGAGCACAGUGCCCUCCGUGCUGCAGGAGGUGGAUGUGGAGGUGAUCUCGAAUGAUCGCUGUCAGCGCUGGUUCCGAGCAGCGGGUCGGCGAGAGGCCAUCCACGAUGUGUUCUUGUGCGCUGGCUAUAAGGAUGGUGGCCGGGAUUCCUGCCAAGGCGACAGUGGCGGACCACUAACACUGACCAUGGACGGUCGCAAGACCUUGAUCGGAUUGGUGUCCUGGGGCAUCGGCUGUGGGAGGGAACACCUGCCCGGCGUCUAUACGAACAUCCAGCGUUUUGUGCCCUGGAUCAACAAGGUUAUGGCCAAUGACAACGCGUAGGCGCCAACGCUAAGGCGUGCGUCCGCUGCGGAGAUGCAUGCGGUCAGCCAGGCCAUGUGAUUCCUCUACGACUCGGGGUUGCUAGUGUGUAAGACCGAGGUCCUUGGGGCCUUGUAUUUAUUUUACCAUACUCUACUUCCUGGGGUUCCUCCACCUCAAUCAGUCCAACCGUUCGAUCCCUCCACCCUUCAUUCGACUUCAUUGCAUUCCAAGCCUUCUAUUUAAGUUUUCGAUAUUUAUUAUACACUGUUCGAAUAAGUCCUUCACAU